GGUCCUUGUUCACCUGGGUCCCGGCGUGACCUCUGCAGGCUUUGGGAGGCGUGAGCCGGGCAUUAGAAACCGGCGUUAGCUGGCGAGAGGGGUUCCGAGCGGUACCGGAGCCUCCCCGCGAGCAUUCUGCGCUUCUCGGCUCGCGCGGGGAGGAUUUAUGAGCUGGGUGUGGGGAGAGCCCGCGAGGCGGCGGCGGCGGAGGCUACAGGGGCAGCAUGGGUGUGAUAGGUGUGCAGCUGGUGGUUACCAUGGUGAUGGCUAGUAUUAUACAGAAGAUCAUACCUCACUACUCUCUGGCGCGGUGGCUUCUUUGUAGUGGCAGCUUGCGAUGGUAUCUGCAUCCCACAGAAGAAGAAUUACGUAUUCUUGCCGGGAAGCAACAAAAAGGAAAAAGCAAGAAAGAUAGGAAAUAUAAUGGUCAUAUUGAAAACAAACCGCUAACCAUUCCUAAAGACAUUGAUCUUCAUCUGGAAACAAAGUCUAUUACUGAAAUAGAUGCAUUAGCCUUGCAUUAUUUUCCUGAAUAUCAGUGGCUGGUGGACUUCACAGUUGCGGCUACAGUGGUAUAUUUGGUUACUGAAGCCUACUACAGCUGGGUGAAGCCCUCACAAGAAAUGAAUAUCAGUAUAGUCUGGUGUCUGCUUGUUCUGGCUUUUGCAAUCAAAAUAUUGUUUUCAUUAACUGCACACUACUUCAAAGUAGAAGAGGGAGGUGAGCGAUCUGUCUGCGUAACCUUUGGCUUCUUUUUCUUUGUCAAAGCCAUGACCAUUCUGAUAGUAACAGAAAAUUAUCUAGAAUUUGGACUCGAAUCAGGCUUCUCAAAUUUUUCAGAAAGUGCUGUGCAGUUUUUUGAAAAGCAAGGCUUGGAAUCCCAGGGUCCUGUUUCUAAACUAACCUUCAAAUUGUUCUUGGCUAUCCUUUGUUCGUUUAUUGGUGCUUUUUUGACAUUCCCUGGAUUGAGAUUGGCUCAGAUGCAUCUGGAUGCUUUGAGUUUAUCAACUGAAAAAAUCACCCAAACUCUGCUGCAUAUAAACUUCCUGGCACCCCUCCUGAUGGUCUUAUUGUGGGUAAAACCCAUUACCAAGGACUAUAUAAUGAAUCCCCCAUUGGGAAAAGAGAAUGUGCCUUUAAUGUCAGAAGCAACAUUUGAUACUCUCAGGUUGUGGAUUAUAAUUCUCCUGUGUGCUUUGAGGUUAGCCAUGAUGCGUAGUCAUCUCCAAGCCUAUCUUAAUUUAGCACAGAAAUGUGUGGAUCAAAUGAAAAAGGAAGUUGGCAGAAUAAGUACAGUUGAACUACAGAAAAUGGUGGCCAGAGUGUUUUAUUACCUUUGUAUAAUUGCACUUCAGUAUGUGGCGCCUCUGGUUAUGCUGCUUCACAUGACUCUGCUGCUGAAAACUUUAGGUAACUAUUCCUGGGGCAUUUAUCCAGAAGUUACUUCAGAUUUACCAGUGGAGAGAAGUCCACUGAGCAAUUCAGUAAACUCUGAAUCUUCAUCUGAUGAUGGAAAGGUGAAGGUAACUGUAAUACAGCUAACAAUGGCACUGGCUAGCCUGAAGAACAUUUUCACUCCACUCUUAUUCAGAGGACUUCUGUCCUUUCUCACUUGGUGGAUUGCUGCUUGUCUCUUUUCCACAAGCCUUUUUGGGCUGUUCUAUCAUCAAUACCUAACAGUGGCAUGACCUAACAAGUUCAAAGCUAGGAAGCCCAUGUGCCCAAAGGAGACUGAAGAAAAAAUGGAAGAAAUAACAUGACAGAGUCUUUUUCAUACAGUAAUUGCUUUCUCCAUGUUCCAGGCAAUUGUUGGGUAAUGUUGGAAAUCGCAAAUGAGUUUGUAACUUUGUUACCUAAAGUUGUAGGUAACUGCUGAAUUGUUUCUGGACUGCUUUGAAAUAUGUCGGAAGUACCUUCUGUUUUGGUGAACUUCGUGCUGCCCUGAAAACACUGUGUUAUUCAGUCAUUGAUUGGCUGAUCUUAGUGGUGUUAAGGUACUAGGGUUAAUAGUCACUGCAUAGAAAAUGGAACGUUCAACUGAGCCAUAUAAGGGGGUUGGAGAAGUUAUCCUGUUGGCAAAAACUGAAGAGCAAAGUCAUCCAACAGGACAAAGAAAUACUGUAUAUUACAGUAAAGGAAGCUGUUUCAAAAGAGUUUAUUGUAAAUAAAAUGCAUGGACUCAGCAAGCAUUUGUUCUAAAGGACUUAUUUACAUAUUACAGUAAGGGUAUUGUAUUGCAAUAUUGUGUCACUUGGUUACUUAAUAUAUGAAUGUUCAGGAGUGUGCAGUUGUCAGACUUUAAAAGCAUUUCACUCUUUGAGCACUCACAUACUUGAAACGCAUCUUUUAGUGGUUCUAAUGGAAGAGCAUUAAGUCGUAAGACUGCGAGACUACGUGUACCUCACUCCUGCACAAUCAUGUAUUAGAACUAUGCAAAGUGGUAUAAUAUGCUGAGGCUUCCACAGCAUAUGUGAAGCACUGUAUCCUAUAAUGUAAUGUGUCAGGAAGUCCUACAGAAUUUUCAUAUUGUAAAAGUAAAUAUAUUGUUUCAGUCUUAAUAUUCUUUUAAAAAUAAUAAAUGGCCAUAUGACUCCUUGGA